AUGGCCAUAAACAUAGCAGCGAAUAGAACGGUCGAUGUUACCCUGCGAGCGCUGCAGCUCAUCUUCGCCAUCAUCGUCAUUGUGACAGAUGGCUACGCUAUCCACGUCUAUCGUGGCCACACUGACUACGUGCACUUCGUAUACGGAAACUUCUACGCUUACGCCGGCGUCCCUGACGAGUGGGGCUUCUUGAUGUUCUGUGCUGGGUGGACAUUUCUGGGCGUUAUCUUCCUCUUCUUCGCUGCAGGAAUCAGCUUCGCAGAGCAUGCAGUGAUUGGCUCUGUUUCUGUCAUUGUUGAGGUUGUGGCUCUUCUCUCAUGGCUCGCGGGUUUCAUUGCCGUGGCGGUUAAUGUGGGGAGUAAUCCAUGUCCAGCGGAAGAGAAUGACUGUGUGCUGCUCAAGGUUGCAGUAGUCUUCGGCGCAUUAGAAUGGCUGCUCUUUAUGAUCACGACUAUUCCGACCAUAAAGCUUGUCUUUAACAGCACUCGCCGGCAGAAGACAUCGACCAUCGAGACCACGACACCAGUUUAA